AUGCAGAUCAUUGCAAUUUUUUCCUAUUUUGCUGUUGCAGCUGCUGCGACGGAUGCGAGGGUUUAUGAUCAGAGGAACCUCAAAGGGUCGCACGAAGACGUUCACGGCUACAAAUGCGGCAAUGUUGGCUCCAGCAAGUUCAAGGUCAACAGCAUCCACCUUCGUAACAAAACGUUCUGCUACUUAUAUCAGAAGAAGGACUGCAAAGGCUCUAGGAUUUAUGUAUCGAGGGAUGUCAACGAUCUGCACCUGGACACCGUAAACUCGGUCCUUUGCGUCAAUAAUCCGAACUAGUUACAGGUCAUUUAGAUUAACUUCUAAGCAGCGUCCGCCACAAUAGAUUAUUCACAUUGUCCAUCAG